AGCUGCCAUAAACACAAAACAAGGAGUUUAUUCAGACAAGCCUCCAUCCUCCAAGGACUGUAUCUAUCACAAACCCCCAAAACCCUAAUCUUGAAUCUCAAUUCUCGGUCUCAAUCUCCCAAUCCCCUUUGCUGAUCUGAACUCUUCGCACUUGCUUGCUGAAUUCUGUUGCUAUCGGCGCACGGGAUGUCUAACUCGGGAGGAUUCGCUGUGACGCGGAGCCACGGAGGAGACCGAUUCUACAACCCUCCGGCCAUGCGACGGCAGCGUCAGGCGACCGUUGUACAGCAGCAGCAGCCGCCUCCGCCGCGGCUACAGGUGCAGAGACAACAGCAGCAGAAGAAGGGAGCGAAGCCGGAGGCGGCAACUCCGGAAGUUGGGAACCGGACUGAAUCUGACGAUUCCGCCACAGCAUUGGCUAAGCCGCCAUCCGUCUGCUCCUCUUCUCCCGAGCUUCCUAAGGAUGUCACUAACUUGGAUCGGCUGAUGGAAUCUGUUACUCCCUUCGUGCAAGCUCAGAAACCAUCUGAGGCAAGUGUAAGAAAACAAAGGCCUCGUGAAUCCAAUGCAAAUUCAUUCUUUUGCCUUGAGGAUCUUUGGGAAUCUUUCCGAGAGUGGAGCGUGUAUGGCGUUGGUGUGCCACUGGUGUUGAAUAAAAAAGACCACAUUGUUCAGUAUUAUGUUCCAUUCUUGUCCGGCAUACAAUUGUACAUAGACCCUUUGAAGCCACUGUCUCGGCUUAGGAGUUCAGGUGAGAGUGAUGUCGAGUCACUAAGGAAAUCUGGUUGUGUUGGCAAUGGUCAUUGUGAUAUAGAUAAGAAAUCUAAAACUGCUGUUGGAAAAUGGAGCCAAGAAAACCAAUUAAAUUCAAAUUCCCUACAACCAAAUGGGAUCUCAACUAGAGAUAAAUCUGCUGACGAAACUGAAUCAAGUAAACCAGCUGGAUCUCUUUUGUUUGAAUAUUUGGAGCAAGAACAACCAUACAAUCGCAGGCCAUUGAUUGACAAGAUUAUGGACCUAGCAUCUCAAUAUCCAGAGUUGAAGAAGUGCAGGAGUUCUGAUUUGAUGCCCUCAAGUUGGAUGUCUGUUGCUUGGUAUCCAAUAUAUAGAAUACCCAUAGGCCACACACUACGGGAUCUGGAUGCAUCUUUUUUAACAUUUUAUCCCUUAUCCACUCAAUGUAGAGGUCCUGUUCAGCCACAAUUCCAUGGUGCAAAUGGUAGGAGUAUCAAUAGUAUGAGUCAUGCUGCCCUAAAGAUUUCUUUACCAGUAUUUGGUCUUGCUUCAUACAAACUGAAGGGCUCACUAGUGAGUCCAUCUGGACCCCAUGAGUCCGAGCAGGAAAACUCUCUCUUGCUAGCUGCAGACCAUUGGCUUCGGGAUUUAAAGGUUUUUCUCCCCGAUUACCAAUUCUUCCUCUCUCAUUAUUCUCAAGGGAGAUGAUGCACGUGGUCCGAAUGUUUGCCAACAAUUUUGUUCCUCCAUGGUAGACGUUCAAGUGCCAAUUUGGGCUCACUUUCAGAUACAAUGUCCCGAAAAAGUGUCCUGUCCUAUAACUUGGUCAAGAAAGGCUUCAUGCGGUCAAAAAGCAAACAAACUUGAAAUAUAUCAGCACGGGUCGGUUCAAAAGCUUACCAAAGGAUGGCCUAGUGUUUUUUGGGGCAACAGUUUGAUAUGUGCUCCAUGUCGUAAAGGUAUAUCCAAUUGAAGUAUUUUUAGUCGUCCUAUGAGACACAUGAUCUGUCAACUUGGUUGUUGUGAUCGUGUCACUGGAACGAGUAUAGAACACCGGAAGAAACAGGACGAUCAUGAUGAAAAUUUUGAACAGUCUGUACGCCUACCUAUAUACCAAACUCACAAAUUGAUGAGUUACCUGUUAGCGUGUUGUCACAAGUGAUAUGAAAAAAUAAAAACAACAAAGAUAGAUAAAAAGAAAGAGAGUCGUCUGGAGCUAGUCAGACAAUUGUGUUUUUGUAGCAUGAAAGUUUAAUAUUGUAUUCUGCCUAUGCUUUGAUUACCCUUGAGAUGGCUAAAUGAAACCUUUGUUUAGUA